AUGCGUUUCUCUAUCGUCUUCACCACUCUUUCGGCCAUCGCCUUGGUCAAUGCCCAGACCAGUGCAUCCGUUGAGGUCGAGACUGUCGACAACCCUGCCACCCAGUUUUUGACCCAGACAAACUCCCUCGGUGUUGUGACAGGCCAACCCGUUGCUGUCACCACCCAACCCGCCGUCGUCACCAGCCAGGCUGCCGCUGUGACCUCGCAGGAGCCCGCCGCUUCCAUCCCCGCUGGUCUGACCUCCCCUGUUGCCGGCCCUGGUGCCACCCAGACCACCCAGACCACACUAUCCACCGUCUCCAGCAGUGCUGCUACCGGCUCCUCGUCUGCUGCUUCUGCUUCUGCUACUGGCACCGAAACAUCGGCCUCCACCUCCAAGCCCACUGGUGCUACCACUGGCACUACCUCAGCCGCCUCAUCAUCCUCUUCCUCUUCCUCAUCCUCAUCCUCUUCAGACUCCUCCAGCAGCUCUGCGGCUAGCUCUUCUGCUGGCGCUUCCAGCUCAGCCUCUACCGGUGGUGCUGCCAUCGCCACUGCUGGCCCUGUUGGUCUCGGCAUGGUUGCCGGUGCGGCACUCGUUGCUUUCCUGUAA